GGAGGGGCGCGGAGGGGCGCGGAGCCGCCAUGCGCGGGGCCGCCGGGCGCGAUCUGCCGCUGGUGCUGCUGGUGCUGGCGGCGGCGGCGGCGGGGCCGGGAGGCGGCGAGGAGGCGAUCCAGUGCCCGCCGUGCUCGGAGGAGCGGCUGGCGCGGUGCAAAGCUCCGCAGGGCUGCGCGGAGCUGGUGCGGGAGCCCGGCUGCGGCUGCUGCGCGACCUGCGCCCUCGGCCGCGGCACCGCUUGCGGCGUUUACACCGCCCGCUGCGGCGCCGGGCUGCGGUGCUACCCCCCCCGCGGCGUGCCCCGGCCCCUGCACACCCUCAUGCACGGCCAGGGCAUCUGCACCGACCUGGCCGACGUCGAGGCCAUCCAGGAGAGCCUCCAGCCCCCAGAGAAGGAGGAGAUCGACCACCCCAACAACAGCUUCAGCCCCUGCAGCAUCCACGACCGCAAGUGCCUGCAGAAGCAACAGGCGAAGCGCGUCAACAACGGCAACAAGAUGCGCAACAGCGGGAGCCCGUACCACCGCGAGGAGACGCGGCCCAUAGCACAGGGCUCGUGCCAGAGCGAGCUGCACCGGGCGCUGGAGAGGCUGGCGGCCUCGCAGACCCGCACCCAUGAGGACCUGUACGUCAUCCCCAUCCCCAACUGCGACCGCAACGGCAACUUCCACCCCAAGCAGUGUCACCCAGCGCUGGACGGGCAGCGGGGCAAGUGCUGGUGCGUGGACCGCAAGACGGGGGUGAAGCUGCCGGGCUUCCUGGAGCUGAAAGGGGACUUGGACUGUCACCAGCUGGCGGACAGCAUGUGAGCACGACCGCGGCGGCCCCGCGCCGUGCCGCGGCCAGGACACCCCCCGGGGCCGCGUAGGAGAGGAAGAGAGGGGACGUGAGCGCCGAGCAGCUCCCCGGUGCCGGGGGAUCCCGGCACGCACCCCGGCUCGCCACUGCGCUCUGCGCCACGGGCUGCCCACGGCACGGGGCACGGCACCACGACCUGUGCCACAAGCACUAGCUGCCACCGCCGAGGGGUCCCCGGCGCGUGCCAGCAGCACCUCCAUCCCGCACGGACACUUGCUUGGACAGAUGCUGCCCCGGGGCUGGGGUCCGGCUGCCGGGGUGGAGCGAGUGGAGAGCACCCACGAUGCUGCUGCCCACCCAUCCCGUUGUGCCCCCCCCCCCCCCCACCGGAUUUCUCCCCGGCCCCUCCAUGCUGUGGCGUGGCCGGGGCACCCAGAGCCCGGCGGCUGCGGCAGAGGCUCAGCUGCUGCCCCGGCCCAGCCCCUCGUGGGGUGCCACAGCAGCACCCCCACCCACAGUGCCUUGCUGUCCACCCCAGACCUCUGCCUGUGGCAGCAGAAGUGCCUCAUCCCGCCCUCCCCGGCGGCGGGAGGCUGCCCGGGCAAGGACCGGGGGGGGCCUGGAGACACCCCCCCUCCCCACCUGCCUAGGGCCCUCCCUGCCACCAUCUCACCCAAAGCGUGUGGGUGUGACGGGCAUCGCAGCCGCACAGGGCGAUAAGAGACCUUCCCCCUCCCCGCUGCCGCCCCCCAGCCCCCCGGCCCAGCCCCAUCCUGCUCCCCGUGCAGGGACAAAGGUGGCGGCCGCAGCGUUGCCCCCCCCCAUCCAUCCUGUGUCCCCCUGCCCGUCCCUGGGGCGAGGGGGGGUCGGGCACCCCCAGGUGUGCAGGGGUGCAUCCCUGCAGGGAGGGUCGGGGGACGAGGGAUGCCCAGGAAAUUUCUCCCAGCAGGAAGGGCUUCUUUUGUGGUGUUUUUUUUUUUUUUUUUUUUUUGUUUUUUUUUUUUUCCCCAAAGAUUUUUAAUAUUUAAAAAAUGUUGCUGGUGUGAUCUUAAAACUGACCGUGUGGCCCCUGAGGCUGAAAUCCUCCAUCUCCGCAGAACGGGGCACCACUGGUGAUGGUUUCUGUCUUCUCUUCUUCCAACUUGGCCAACAUGACAAAACUGGGAUGAAUUUCUGGAACGUCUCAGUGAUGGGAUCUGCAGAUUUUGCCAGCACAAAGUUCUCAGCUGAGAAAUUGUAACUAUUUUUGUAGGGUGUUUUUUUUCCGUUUUUUUUGAAGCUCUUCUGUGGGAGCCAGCUGGAUUGGAAAUUUUUCACCUGAAUGUCUUUUAGGUGAGAAACGGCUAUUCUGGCUGCCAUGGCAAGCAUGCCAAAGGCGGAGGGGAUUUUGCCAAUCACCCCCCUCCAAGACACCCCCCCCCCCCCCAGCUCUGUGGCCACAGCGGGAGGUUUUGGGUUUCUGUGUGGAUUUGCCCUGGCCAUGCCGGCAGGUGCCAAGGCACAAAAUGUUUCAGUUUUAGUGAAACGCCCUUGUGCCCCCCUGGACCCCAGCAGCUCCCUGGCGCGGCGCGGCACGGCACAGCGCGGCACAGCAGCUCCCCGGCACGGGGCUGGGGGUGACGUCCCUGCGUGUCUCGGCGGGGACACGGGUGGGGACAGGGAUUGGCGAGUGCCACCAUCGUGCUGGCCGGCCGGCGAGGGCAGAGCGAGCCGGGACAGGGGCUGACGCUGGGCUCAGCGUUGCAGCUUACCGGCACGGCUUCGCCUGGCUUUUUGGUCGGGUGACAGUGUCCCCAUGUCACGCCCCGUGUCCCCAGCUGCACGUGUCCCAGCGUGGCCCCAGCGCCUUCCACCACGGGUCCCGUGGGGCUGCGCUCCUGCCCCUGCCCUGCUGCAAAGCGCUGGCCCCAGCAGCGUCCUGCGGAGCUGUCGAGCUGCCGGCUGCAUCCCUGCUCGGUGCCUCACCGGGCUCCUGCCAGCCCCCCUGCUUGGGAUGGCACUGUGCCGGACCCCCGUCCUGCCCCCCCCGUGCCCUGCCAGACCCCGUGCCUGCCCCACUGCCUGCCUGCUUGGAGGUCCCUGCUGGAACCCCCAGACCCCCCAGUGCAAGGCUGGGGUUCCCAGGGCGCGGGGAGGUGCUGCUGGGGACCAUGGCUGGUCCCGGUGCGGGUCCCACGUGGCCGCGCCAGCAGACAGCAGUGGGGUGCAGGAUGUGGUGGCAGCCCCAGCCCAGUGGGCUCAGCCCCUCCAGAGCCUCCCGGGCAGCGCUGGCAGAUCCAGCGGAGCCUCUCCCAGUUUUGGGGUGGCCAGGGGGGUGACUGGGGGCACCGGUGCUCGCCAGGGCUCAUUUUGUGUCCAGCUCAGAGGGCUCCAGUGAUUUAUAUCGUCUCUCCUGUAGUUUAAGGCUGUAUUUACACACGCUCAUAUACCAGCGUAAGGCUCCCCAACCCCAGCGGCGUUUUUCCACGCCAGUGUGAUUUCUGUCAGUUCCUCCUGGGCCAAGCCCAUCCCUUCGGUCUCCCAUGUAGCACCAACCCUCUUUUGCAGUAAACUUGAACCUUUGUAUUGUCAAAAAAAAAAAAAAAAGGUAAUUACUAUAUUUAA